AACAUACCAGGACUCUAUAUUUAUGGAAGGAAGUCCAGCAGGAGUUUGUAAGCGUAAACUCAAAUCUCACCUAAACGGGAAGUUCCAGUGUAUGUUUGAGGGGAUUGCUAAAGCAGGAAACCCAACUUAUCUGAAUCAGAUGUUCACAGACAUCUACAUCAUAGAGGGAGAAACUGCAAAAGUCAAUGAUGAACAUGAGGUCAGACAGAUUGAAACAGCAUCCAGGAAACGAGACAGACCAGAAACAACAAUCAGACGAGAAGACAUCUUUAAAGCCCCACCUGGAAGAGAUGAACCAAUCAGAACAGUGAUGACGAAGGGAGUGGCUGGCAUCGGGAAAACAGUCUUAACACAGAAGUUCACUCUGGACUGGGCUGAAGGCAAAGCCAACGAGGACAUCCAGUUCACAUUUCCAUUCACCUUCAGAGAGCUGAAUGUGCUGAAAGAGAGAAAGUACAGCUUGGUGGAACUUGUUGAUUACUUCUUUAGUGAAACCAAAGAAGCAGGAAUCUGCAGGUUUGAAGAGUUCCCGGUUGUCUUCAUCUUUGAUGGUCUGGAUGAGUGUCGACUACCUCUGGACUUCCACAACACUGAGAUCCUGACUGAUGUUACAGAGUCCACCUCAGUGGGUGUGCUGCUGACAAACCUCAUCAAGGGGAAUCUGCUAACCUCUGCUCGCCUCUGGAUAACCACACGACCUGCAGCAGCCAAUCAGAUACCUUCUGAUUGUGUUGACAUGGUGACAGAGGUCAGAGGGUUCACUGACCCACAGAAGGAGGAGUACUUCAGGAAGAGAUUCAGAGAUGAGGAGCAGGCCAGCAGAAUCAUCUCCCACAUCAAGACAUCCCGAAGCCUCCACAUCAUGUGCCACAUCCCAGUCUUCUGCUGGAUCACUGCUACAGUUCUGGAGGACAUGUUGAAGUCUAUAGAUCGAAGAGAGCUGCCCAAGUCCCUGACUGAGAUGUACAUCCACUUUCUGGUGGUUCAGUCCAAAGUGAAGAAAGUCAAGUAUGAUGGAGGAGCUGAGGCAGAUCCACACUGGAGUCCAGACACCAGGAAGAUGAUGGAGUCUCUGGGAAAACUGGCUUUUGAGCAGCUGCAGAAAGGCAACCUGAUCUUCUAUGAAUCAGACCUGACAGAGUGUGGCAUCGAUAUCAGAGCAGCCUCGGUGUACUCAGGAGUGUUCACACAGAUCUUCAAAGUGGAGAGAGGACUGUACCAGGACAAGGUGUUCAGCUUCGUCCAUCUGAGUGUUCAGGAGUUUCUGGCUGCUCUUCAUGUCCAUCUGACAUUCAUCAAUUCUGGAGUCAACCUGCUGUCAGGAAAAGAAACCUCAUCAUGGCUGCCUAAAGUCUUCAGAGAAAAACUAAAACCUCUCCACCAGAGUGCUGUAGACGAGGCCUUACAGAGUCCAAAUGGACACCUGGACUUGUUCCUCCGCUUCCUCCUGGGUCUUUCACUGCAGACCAAUCAAAAUCUCCUACGAGGCCUGAUGACACAGACAGGAAGUAGCUCACAGACCAAUCAGGAAACAGUCCAGUACAUCAAGAAGAAGAUCAGUAAGAAUCUGUCUGCAGAGAGAAGCAUCAAUCUGUUCCACUGUCUGAAUGAACUGAAUGAUCGUUCUCUAGUGAAGGAGAUCCAACAGUACCUGAGUUCAGGAAGUCUCUCCACAGGUAAACUGUCUCCUGCUCAGUGGUCAGCUCUGGUCUUCAUCUUGCUGUCAUCAGACGAAGAUCUGGAUGUGUUUGACUUGAAGAAAUACUCUGCUUCAGAGAAGGCUCUUCUGAGGCUGCUGCCAGUGGUCAAAGCCUCCAAGAAAGCUCUGCUGAGCUCCAACCCCUCCCAUCUGAGAGAGCUGGACCUGAGCUACAAUCAUCCAGGAGACUCAGGAGUGACACUACUGUCAGCAGGAUUUAAGAAUCCUUUCUGGAGACUGGACACUCUCAGGGUGGAGCCUGCUGGAGUCAGAUGGUUGACACCAGGUCUGAGGAAGUAUUCCUUUGAACUCACACUGGAAACAAACACAGUGAACAGAAAACUCAAACUGUCUGACAACAACAGGAAGGUGACAUUAGUGAUGGAGGAUCAGCCAUAUCCUGAUCAUCCAGAGAGGUUUGACCACUGGUGGUCUCAGCUGCUGUGCAGAGAUGGUCUGACUGGUCGCUGUUACUGGGAGGUAGAGACGAGAGGAGAUGUUAAUAUAUCAGUGAGUUACAGAGGAAUCAGCAGGAGAGGACACAAUGAUGAAUGUGUGUUUGGAUGUAAUGAUCAAUCGUGGAGUCUGAGCUGCUCUGAUGAUGGUUACUCUGUCUGUCACAAUAACAUCAGAACACCCAUCUUCUCCUCCUCUGUCUCUGGUAGAGUAGCAGUGUAUGUGGACUGUCCUGCUGGCUCUCUGUCCUUCUACAGAGUCUCCUCUGACUCACUGAUCCACCUCCACACCUUCAACACCAAAUUCACUCAAAUGCUCUAUCCUGGGUUUGGGGUUUGGUCUCGUGGUUCCUCAGUGUCUCUGUGUCCUGUGUAGGACGGAGAGUCUCCUCCGUCCUACACACACACACACACACACAC